AUGGUUGAUCAGCGUCGACCUUCAGAUACUCAUUUGCUCGGUGCGUUGCAGUUAAUCAGUCUUCGAGGAAAGAAGAAUUUUUCAAACAAGGCCUCCCAGCGGAUACUAGCUGGAGUGCACUCAGAGAUUGUCGGAAAGGCCCUUAGACGUCAGCAUCCAAACUCUGCCAUGGGUCUCCUGAACUAUCUCGCUGAACGCGUUGCGAACGUUCAAGCUACUGUAAGGGAAUUCCUCGACCGCCCAUCACUAUUUGACGAUGCGCAAGCCAACACACUAAUGGUGUCUCUGCUGGAAAUCGACCGCGGAUUGAUGGACUGGGAGUUUGCAAUACCUGAUGCGUGGCGUCCUGAACAGGCGGGCGAAUUGUCUAAAGCAAAUCGCACUGCUUUUCACACAUACGGGAUGACCAUGGAUAUCUACAAGAGUGUCUGGAUAGCGAACAUCUACAAUUGCUUCCGAACGCUGCGAAUACUUCUGCAAGUGCUUGCUCACGAUAUAAUACGCUCUUAUCCGUGGGUAAUAGCAACUGCCCUUCCCUGUGGACCACUUGCAUACUCUUGUAUUGCACAACGUCUGAUUGAUGAGGUUUGUGCAUCGGUGCCAUUUCUCAUGGGAAAUAGGGGUCCGCUUGUUCAUCCUGCAAAUGUCCUGUUCCCUGCUGCAGAAGGCUCUGUGCCGUCUAUGGCUGACCGUCAUACCGCAUUACAAGUUGGUGCUUGGCUCCUACUUGCUCCUCUCAACACGUGUUUCACAUGUGACCUGGUCGACAUGCGACAGAAGAUCUGGAUCGCUUCGCAGAUUGAGAGAAUUACUAGCUUCCACAAUCUGCCUGGGUCAUACUAUAGCUGCUUCCCAAACUGGCAGAUUAACCUUGACGGCACAGGCAUAAGUGUAGUGGCGGCAAAGGCUUCUACAGGAGUCUAG